AUGUUGAAAAGUACGGCACAGGGCACCGGAUUGUUCCGUUUUUUCGCGACGUCGCGUGUUUUGGCAGCGCCCAAGGUCAAGAGAACGCCCGAACAGCUGCGUGCGCUGCAGAAACGGGCCGAGAAAAGAGAGGCCGCCGUGGCCAGAAACGCCAGACGGCCCGCCGUCGAAAACCCUCUGUACAUGCCUGUUCCCACGGCCCUGCGGUACCUGCGGGCAGCAGAAGUCGGCCGGCCCACGAACGAGGCCGUAAUAACCCUCCAGGCGCGGGUCGUCUCCAAAAAGGGCGUGGCGCCCUUGCAGGGCAGCAUCAGGUUCGCACGGCCGCUCACAGAUACACAGAUCCUUGUCUUCACGGCCGACGAGACAAUGCAGCAGACCGCUCUGGCGGCCGGCGCGAGACUCGCGGGCGGUAAGCAGCUCGUCGACAAGAUUGCGGCCGGCGAAAUCGACUUGUCCAUCUUCGACAGAGCCAUCGCUACCCCAGACAUGGUUUCUGCGCUGCGGCCCGUGGCCAGAAACCUGGGGCCCAAGGGACUCAUGCCGGCUGCCAAGCGUGGCACCGUGGUGGACGACGUGGCAAAAUAUAUCGAGGACAACAUCUCUCUGCAGCCGUUCAGACAGAGAAACGACCACAUUGCGCUGACGGUCGGCAGAUGCGACUUUUCCGACGAGGACCUCCUGAAAAACGUGAUUGCGGUGUCGGAGGCCGUCAAGGCGGCAGUUGCCGCCGCGCAGAGCAAGUCGCCCACGAUUCUGGGCCAGACGGUGCUCUCCACCACCCACGGCCCGGGCAUCGUGAUAGACUUUUAG